GUUAGUUUUGUCAGCACAGCUCAACAGCCCUCUAAAACCCUACUCAUUUUACACGAACACAGGCACUUGAAAGUUGCUCUUUCACCCAAACCCUCCAAAAAAACCCUAGGAAUGUCAUCUUCAACUCCCAUCCGCCAUCUCCGUCAUCUAUCUUCCACCGCCGCCACUACCACCUCCGCAGCCAAACCUUCAAUCUCCAUCUCAAGAGCAAAAUCAAAGCUCCGAUCUGAGCAUGACCCUGACAAAGCUCUGGAAAUCUAUUCCUCUUUAUCCAAAAACUAUUGCUCCCCCACUUCCUCUCGUUAUGCUCAGGACCUCACCGUCCGUCGCCUCGCCAAGGCUCGCCGAUUCUCGGACAUCGAAACCCUCAUCGAGUCCCAUAAGACUGACCCAAAGAUCACCGAAGAACCUUACUUGUCCACCCUUAUUCGAUCUUACGGCUUAGCCGGCAUGUUCGAUCAUGCCUUGAGAACCUUCGAGCAAAUGGACGAGUUGGGUACAUCCAGAUCGGUGAUUUCCUUCAAUACCCUGUUAUCGGCUUGCAAUCAUUCCAAACUGUUUGAUAAGGUUCCCGUCUUGUUCAAUGACAUUCCGGCGAAGUACGGUUUCACCCCUAAUAAAAUUUCCUAUGGUAUUUUGAUUAAGGCUUAUUGCGAAGCCGGUUCGCCGGAGAAGGCCAUUGAGACUUUGACAGAGAUGGAGAAGAAAGGCAUUGAGGUAACUGCUGUAACGUUUACGACCAUAUUGGAUACUCUGUACAAGAAGGGCGAGACCGAAGAGGCCGAGAAGUUGUGGAGUACGAUGGUGAACAAGGAUUGUGAGAUUGAUGUUGCAGCUUAUAAUGUUAGGAUUAUGCAUUGCCAAGGUGGGAAACCGGAAAAGGUGAAGGCUUUGAUUGAUGAAAUGAGCAAUGCCGGGCUGAAACCUGAUACGAUUAGUUACAAUUACUUGAUGACUUGUUAUUGUAAGAAUGGAAUGAUGGAAGAGGCAAAGAAUGUUUAUGAGGGUUUGGAGGAUAAUGGGUGUAAUCCUAAUGCAGCUACUUUUAGGACUUUGAUAUACUAUUUAUGUAGGAGUGGGGAUUUUGAGAGAGGGUAUAAGGUAUUCAAGACUAGUGUUGGGGUGCAUAAAAUUCCAGAUUUCAACACCUUGAAACAUUUAGUUGAGGGGUUAGUAAAGAAGAAGAAAAUUAAGGAGGCCAAGGGAUUGAUUAGAACUAUAAAAAAGAAGUUCCCGCCUAAUGUAUUGAAUUCUUGGAAGAAAGUCGAGGAAAGUCUUGGUUUGGCUUCUGCUUCUGAUGCUUCUUCAAUAUCGGAUGAGGAUAAAGAAGCUGCUGCAUGACCGAGUAAAAGUUUUCAUUCAAGUUUUUCUUUUUGGUUGGUAUCGACUGGAGUUGGUCUCAUAAAUCUGCCUCUGCAUUUGACUCCGGUCUGAUUGAUAUGUAACCUGUAAUGAAUAAUGCAGUGUUGCUGAAGUUUAUUAGUUUGAUUGGCUGUGGAAGCCAAAAAUUGGAGCUUGCAUGCAAUCAUUAAGGUGUAAAAGCUCCAUUUUUUUGUUUUUUUCAUAUUGAUUUUUGUCACUUUUUUGUUCCUGUUAUUUGGUAGCUGUUCAACACUUCAUAAUUUUUACCGCUGGUGAAAAAUUAUAUCUUCUACCAUUUUAUAAGAUUCCAUUA